AUGGGCUGCUCUGGAGGUUCUGGGGGCUGCGCGUCCAGCUGUGGGGGCUGUGGAGGCUGCGGCUGCUGCGGAGGCUGUGGUGGAGGCUGUGGAUCUGGGGGCUGUGUGCCUGUGUGCUGCACGACCUGCUGUGUGCCAGCGUGCUGCAGCUCCGGUUGUGGCAAAGGAGGCUGCGGAUCCUGUGGAGGCUGUAAAGGAGGCUGUGGAUCUUGCGGAGGCAGCAAAGGAGGCUGUGGAUCUUGCGGAGGUGGUAAAGGAGGCUGUGGUUCAACCUGCUGUGUGCCAGCGUGCUGCAGCUCCGGCUGUGGCUCCUGUGGAGGCUCCAAAGGAGGCUGUGGAUCUUGCGGAGGUGGCAAAGGAGGCUGUGGCUCCUGUGGAGGCUGCGGUUCAUGCGGAGGCGGCAAAGGAGGCUGUGGCUCAUGCGGAGGCUGUGGUUCCUGCUGCCAGUCCAGCUGCUGUGUGCCCUGCUGCUCCCAGACCUGCUGCUGUGUGCCCUGCUGUAAGCCCACCUGCUGCCAGACCAGCUGCUGCGUGCCCUGCUGUGCCCAGACCAGCUGUUGUGUGCCCGCCUGCUGCCAGUCUGGCUGCUGUGUGCCCUGCUGUGCCCAGACCAGCUGCUGUAAGCCCUCCUGCUGCCAGACCGGCUGCUGCGUGCCCUGCUGUAAGCCCCCCUGCUGUGCCCAGGCCAGCUGCGCUCAGCCCCUCUGCUGCCAGUGUAAGAUCUAA